AUGACUCUCUCUCCGAAGAUCCCACACCUCCGCAAGGUCGGCGACACCCAGCAGCUGGUGGUUCAUGGCCGCCCGUUUCUUGCUCUGGCUGCAGAACUGCAGAAUUCUUCCAUGACCUCUGGGGCCUUCAUGGAUACAGUAUGGCAGAAGCUGGUAGAUACCAACAUUAAUACAGUUCUGGGAUGUGUCACCUGGGAAGAUAUUGAGCCAGUCGAGGAUCAAUUCAACUUCGCCGAACUGGAUAAAGCUAUACUGGGUGCGAGAAAACAUGGGCUACAUCUCGUUUUGCUCUGGUUUGGGUCGUUUAAAAACGGCAUUUCCACCUACGUUCCUCCAUGGAUAAAAACCAACACAAAGAGAUUCCCUCGAGCGAAGUUGAGAAAGGCCGGGGGAGUCUUGAAGACCGGUGAUGUGUUGUCUAUCUUCCACGAUGAGGGACGUAUAGCCGAUGCAAAAGCAUUCGCUCGUCUGCUGCAACACAUCAAAGACAUUGAUGGCGAACAUUCGACAGUAGUUAUGGUACAGGUGGAGAACGAGACCGGACUACUGGGUGAUUCGCGCGAUGGCUCUGUCGCAGCAGAGAAGCGAUUCCGCGAGUCUGUGCCUGAGGAUCUACUGCAUUUUCUUGCACAGGACUGGGAUAACCUUCAUGUUGAUCUCAAGGCCAAUCUUAUCCACUUCAAAGCCCAGAGUAAAUCCCAGGGAUCCUGGGAAGCAGGUCUUUGGUAA